UUUAUUUUUGCGUGAUUGUAUGUCAAGCUUCCUACCAGCAAAGUAGGCAUCUAUUCACCCACCAGCAGUAACGCAAACGUUUUGAAAAAAUGAUGCCGUAUAUUUUGAAUAUUUUGCACAAUUCUGGGACCCCUCAGGAUGUCCUUAGCAUAUGUGAAAAGCUGCCACAGUUCAGUAGCACCUCAGAGAUACCGGAGGGAGAUCUCAAGUCCCCCACCGAAGAAGCACUCGAAGGUGCCUUAAGAAUGGGCCUUAUCCGGCGGAAUGCAAGAAACAAUACAUACACACUAGCGAACAAAUGGUUCUUGCCAGAAACGCAAUCAUUCCAAAUGGAACUGCAAGAAAUUGUCCAAACCAUGCCGCAAACACUUGCCGCAGCUCUCGAUCCAGCUAACCAGGAUGUGGCUACCUCAUCGAACCACCCAAUGGACUGCAUGGGACCGGGCAUGACGCAACGGCGCAGUCCCGCUCAAAUACGUGCCAUCGCUAUCUACCGCAGAAUGCGUGAACAGCGCGAACGGGAAGAACGCGAAGCUGCGGCACGUUCCAGAAAACGGCGCAACUCUCGAUCUCGGUCACGGUCAAGAUCAGCGGCGCGCCGUACACGCCGUGCGUCUACUAGCACGAGUAGAGCGCGUCCCCAAUCAAAGCGACGGUCCUCGUCACGUUCACGAUCACGCUCGACGGCAAGAAAUCGCAGCACGAGUCGAUCUCGACGACGUUAAUGUGACGCCCGAGAAGUAACUCAUUAUUUACAAAAAUCUGUAUUGGUUAUCUAGAAUCUACUUGGAAUAUUUCUGUAAAUCUAAUCUUCGUAAAUAAAUCACUCAGUAUUAUUUCACUCA